AUGGUUGCUCGGACUAGUAGUAUCAGUAGUACAUGCUGGGUCCUGGUGACACUUGCUGUAUUGGGGAGGACUGCUGCAUUUGGGUUUUCAUCUUCUCCGGUCAGCUCGGCUCCAUUUUGUUGGAAGAGCAACCCGAAGUUCUGCUCUGCAGUGUCACUGGAGAAAUCGGCUCCAUUACAGCAUCUUUCAAGGUACCAACAGUACCAUCCUUGCUACUCAUCCACCUGUUUAUGGUCAGCUGUGGCUUCCCCAGUCACUGAAAAUGACGACAAGCUGCCUUCUUCGGUGACUCCCAUUCUCUUGACGGUCUUGGCAUUGAUAGUCUCCGAAGGCAUUGCCUUGUCCACACUGCCACUGCAUCUGCAGUCACUCGGCGCCAGCCCCGUGCAAGUGGGAAUGUCUACCAGUGCCUUUUCCGUCGCUCAAAUGGUCUGUUGUCCCCUCCUCGUACGCUUAUCGUCGCGUCUGGGACGACCACUGGCACUCCGACUCUGUCUCAUAGGAGCCGCCGUCUCGAGCAGUGUCAUUGCCGUGUCCACCACCAUUCCGUGGCUCAUUGCGGCACGCUUUGUCGCAGGAAUAUUUGCCGCUGCCAUUCCCGUUGCUCAAGCCGGUGUCGUCGAUUUGGUACAAACGCCACGACAACAAACAUUGGCACUCUCCCGAGUCAGUGCGGCCAGUCAAACGGGAUUGGUCAUUGGACCCAUCGUUUCGGCAGUGGUUCAAUCCGUUCUUUACCGAUGGUUUAAUAUCACCAAUCGAUAUGCCGUCGUACGAGGAGUCUUUUCCUGUUCCGCGCUUUUUGCAUUGACAGUAUUGGGCAUUUCCACCGUGGCAACAACCAGCACCAAGGCGGUAACAACCAACGAAGAAACGACUUCUUCAGCAGCACCUGCUACAGUUGACGGUGACAAGGACAAACAAUCCGCCAGUAGCAGCGUUGCCACCACCACGCAAACAAACGACGACAAACACACCGACUUUUACGUCCAACCCAGUCUACGCAUCAUCGCCUUGGCGGCCGGAUGGUCCUUGACACUCAGUGUCGCCAUUUACUCCCUCUUUGCCUCGCGUUUUCUGCAAUACGGACAGUCCCAACUCAGUCUCACGUACAGUGCCGGUGCCGCCACUGUCAUUGCAACCCAAAUACUCCUCGUUCCGCCGUUGGUCCUACGAGCGGGACAGCAUCUCUCCUGUACCAUGGGAUUGCUGACAUUGGCGGCCGGUUUGAUUGGCAGCUCUCUUAUUCGCACCCAUCCCUUUCACAUGGCAUUCUACUUGCUCAUUCGCGUCGCACAAGGCGUCACCGAUACCUCCACGGCUACAUUGGUGGCAGCAGCGUCGAGCACGCCCGACGAACGAGCCAACAAUUUGGGCAUGAUCCAAUCGACACGAGCUGGAGCUCGUAUUGUGACGCCGCUCCUUUCGGGGUCCCUGUUUAGCAGGAGUUGUACGUGGUCUCGUGGGGCCGGGGCGCUCCCCUAUUUGGUCAAUGCGGCAUUGUCACUGGUCUUGUCGCCAUUGCCCAUGAUUUUGAAACGACGACAGCAAAGAACCAAAGCAAUACAACAGCAACCAGAAGGGGAGGCAGCGUAG